GCGGGGGGGGGGCAAGGCGGCGAGGACUCGGCCGGAGGCGCCACGACAGCCAGGCGGCCCCCGCUCGCCCCUCGCCAUGCCCGGCGUGCAGCGCAUGAAGGUGGCCAACGAGCGGCACAGCAAGAGCAUCACGCAGCGCGGCGGGCCCCACCGAGCGCCGAGCCCCCCGGAGGAGAGGGCGCCGGUGGGGCCGUGGCUGCUGGCCCUCUUCGUCUUCGUGGUCUGCGGCUCAGCCAUCUUCCAGAUGAUCCAGAGCAUCCGCCUGGGAGGCUAGCGGCCGAUGGAGCGGGUGUCCCGGCACCGGCAGCCCUCAGGGACUCGGGGGGAUGCGUUUUCUCGGCCCCCUCGGACACGUUUACAGCCAUGAGCGUCUUCCUUUGCUUGCUGCCCCACACCGGCUCCCUCCCGGGCCUGGGCUGCCCUGCCAUCCCCUGCUUUCCGGAGCCUCGGCGUCCCGGGGCCAGGAACCGAAGGAGAGAGGACGACCUGGCCCCAGGGUGGGAUGGGGGAGCCUGCCGGGCACGGGGGGGGGGGCUUCAUGAGGAAUUGAAGCGGUUUCCUACCAGGAGAAGCGAGGGGACCGGGGGUCUUUGUGCGCCUGCAGCCAGCGGGGUCGCGGCGUCUGCGUGGGCCGCUGGGACGCCUGGAAGCUUCUGUGUGUUAAGCCCACCACUCCUUUUUUCCCUAGCCAUCUAGCGUGGAACUGCUGAAUAAAAAGUAUUACCAUCCCGGGCAAUUUGCCACAAGCCGAA